AUGAUCAUUCCAUGUUUUCAGUUCAUUUACGAAGAAGAGUUAUUUUGUGGAGCAGUAUAUGAGAAUUUGAAUCUUGCUUUGAAUAAACCAACAUGGCAAGCCAAUCAGUAUCGUCCAGGAAACAGUUUAUUCCACUCCAGCAACGCCGUCGAUGGAUUGAAAUCUAACCUCAGCGGAAGGGGAGGUCAAUGCACUUUAUCAUCCGGAGAACAUAGAACUGCCACCUGGUGGGUGAACCUGACAUCCGUCUACAGCAUUCAUGACAUAAGGAUUUAUCACAGAAAUGAUAAUAACAAGUUGGCCUAUUCUACUGCUGUGCUUUUGCUGUUUCUUGGAUUUUCUGUGUAUGUAUCAAAUACAACCAACCGAUUACAUGGAUACCUAUGUUUCCAUGACACUAAUUUUACCAAAUCUACGAUACCGGCCGUUGUCAAUAUACCCUGUAUUAUUCAUGGGCAAUACGUCAUCUACUAUAAUGAGAGACUAUCUAAAGUUAAAUAUCCUGAUGGAUAUUCCAAGAAGGCUUUCAACGAUAUCUGUGAGGUUGAGGUCUAUGAUUGUAGAACUGGAUAUUACGGACCUAAUUGUUCUCUCCCCUGUCCUGACAACUGUCGUUUUUGUCAUGUAGAGACAGGAGAAUGUCAGUGCUGUGAACCCGGAUAUCAGGGAUAUCAAUGCGAAAUUGAGUGUAAAAAAGAAAAACUCCAGCAUGACUUAGCGAAUCUUGAGAGGGCAUACAUUGCUUUAAGCACAGAGGAAGGAACAGUCUGGAGGUUUAGAUUUUAUAGCACGCUCGGUGCUGUCUUCGUUUCCGUUACAGUUAAUACAGUUUUCAUCAUUAUAAUCUGUCUGAAGUGGAAAAGAAGGGAAACAAAGGUACCACCAAUCACGAAAGAAUUCUGUACUCCUGUACAAUGUGAGGCAAAUAAUAUUUAUGAAAAUAUCCCUGGUGAAUAUCAGGAACUUCAAAAGCUAGGAGAAUCUUCUCAUUAUGAUGCAAUGCAGCAGAAAGAUGGAUAA